AUGCGCACGCCGGACUUGGCAGCGCCGGACGCGACGUUGACUAAGCUCGGUUCCGGAUACCUCAACUCGGUCAAGUCGCACGCGCGUCUCGCACAUACCGCCAACGGCGUGCGCAAGCUCGCAAAGAACUUGUCGCGCGCGACGAUCGAGGUUGACGUGAAGAACAUCAUCAUCGUCACGAAGCACCACGACGAGCUGCUCAUCUACUUGACGCGCGAAGUCGCGGAGUGGCUCUUGCGCCAGAAGCUGGACUUGGACGUUUACGUGGACCGCGGAUUCCAAAAGUCGAAGCGUUUCGACGCCGCGGGAAUCAUCCAUGACUACCCUGCGGGGGAGGGCCGUUUGAAGUUCUGGACCAAAGAGCUCACGCUCCUCUGCCCCGAGAAGUUUGAUUUGGUGAUUUCCCUCGGUGGGGAUGGCACCGUGCUUUACAUCUCUGCCCUUUUCCAGCGAAUUGUUCCACCUGUGAUCUGUUUCUCGCUUGGCUCGCUUGGCUUUCUCACUAAUUUCAAGUUUGAGCAGUUUCGCGAGAGUUUACAGCGGGUAUUCGACAAAGGAGUGAAGGCGAUGCUUCGGAUGCGGUUUACGGCUCGGGUCUACAAGGCUGACGGCACGUUUAUGUGCGAAAACCAAAUCUUGAACGAGUUGGUGGUCGACAGGGGCCCCAGUCCGUUUGUGUCGAUGCUUGAAAUCUACGGAAACGGUGACUUGCUCACCGUGGCCCAGGCGGAUGGGGUCAUUGUGGCCACUCCCACAGGCUCUACUGCCUACUCGUUAUCUGCGGGAGGUAGUUUAGUCCAUCCCGGCGUUUCCGCCAUCAGCAUCACCCCCAUUUGCCCCCACACGUUGUCCUUCCGCCCGAUCCUCCUUCCCGAUAGCAUGACGCUCAAGGUCAAGUUACCUGCCCGCUCGCGCUCUACCGCGUGGGCAUCCUUCGAUGGUCGUGCACGCGUCGAGUUGAAGAAGGGCGACUACGUGAUGGUCAAGGCGUCGCUAUACCCAUUCCCCACAAUCGUGGCCUCCAACACUGAAUUCAUCGAUAGCGUCAGUCGUACGUUGAACUGGAAUGUCCGCGAACAGCAGAAGCCGUUUGUGCACAUGUUGAGCGAGAAAAACCAAAAGUCAUAUCACAAUUCGAAGAAGGAGGUGAAGAAGGAGGUGGGCUCCAUUGAAAAUGAGUCGGAUAGUGAUGAUGAGUACAUCUUUUCCAGCCAGUAG